UUUCUGCCAUUAAAAUCCCAAUUCCAACCCUAAAUCAAUCGAUUUUCUCUGCCGGUGACGCCGAUUCGGAGCUUUCCGGCUCCUCUGUCAUAUAAUAUCGUCGAGAUUCACUGUUAAACUCCCAAUUUCGUCUUAUACUUAGGGUUUAUGAAAAAUUUGUAGCUCUAGUUGUUUGCUGUAUUGUUUUCAGCGGUUUUGUUCCUUGUAACGAGUUUUUUUCCCCGCUUCUUUGGAUGUAAUGAGGGUUUUAAUUGUUGUAGCAAUUGAUCCUGCGAGAAUUAGGGUUGGAUUUUAGGGCCCUUUCGUUGAGUUUUCUUGUUCCUUUGUAUGGUUAUUGAAAUGGAGAAUUCACGUAGAUCGUUUGAUAGAUCCAGAGAUCUCGGUCCGAUCAAGAAACAGCGCUUGACCGAGGAAGCGAUUCGGCCUCCGAACCCAAAGACUCGGCAGUUUCUGACGCAGAGACCGAACGGCUCAGUGUCCGUACCCCCGGCGCCGAGGCUUCGACCCGGAGGCAGAGAGGCGGGUACCAAUAGCGUUGACCCGAGCCGAAGCAUACGUCAGCCGCAGCCUGUGAACACGCACCACGAGCUGUUGAGCCAGUACAAGUCGGCACUGGCGGAGCUUACUGUCAAUUCGAAGCCCAUAAUAACGAACCUGACGAUAAUCGCGGGAGAGAAUCUUCAUGCUGCGAAGGCCAUCGUAGCCACGAUUUGCAACAACAUCCUCGAGGUACCAGAUGAUCAGAAACUACCGUCAUUGUACCUGUUAGACAGCAUUGUGAAGAAUAUUGGAAGGGAUUACAUUAAGUACUUUGUUGCAAGGCUACCAGAGACAUUCAUCAAGGCAUAUAGACAAGUUGAUCAUCCUAUGCAUUCUAGUAUGCGGCAUCUUUUUGGAACCUGGAAAGGAGUCUUUCAUCCACAGACACUUCAGAUUAUUGAGAAAGAACUUGGCUUUAAUCCUAGAAGUGAUAGCUCGCCGUCUGUUGUAGCCACAACCAGAGCUGACCCAUCAUCUCAGCGCCCAACUCAUAGCAUUCAUGUGAAUCCCAAGUAUCUAGAACAACAGUGUCUACAACAAUCGGGCAGGGCAAAACGAAUGGUUACUGAUGUUCCUGGUAUCAUAUCCAACUCUGCUGGGGAUUCAGAUAGACUGGAGAGAAUUUUGAGCUUAGCAGCUGGGGGUUCAUGGGUUGAUCCAUCUGCUAAAUCAAAUAACAUUCGAAGACCUCCAAGGGAAUCACUUAGUGAACCUCUUUAUGAGAAAGAUAUCACAUCAAUUCCUGGUGAAUAUGAUUAUGCUUCUGAAUUACCACAGCACUCUAGAUUGGGAAACAAGAAAAUCGGUUCAAGGACUACAGCUGAAGGGCAUGAUAGGCAAUGGUAUGGAACUAUGGGCAGUGUUCCUGAGAUGAUUUCUGGCCAGAGGAAUGGGUUAAACACCAAAGGCAGAAUUUCCAGAUUGUCAAAUUCUGGUCCAAGUGGUCCUGGUAGAAGUAAUAUCAGCGUGUCUAAUAGUUGGAAAAACUCCGAAGAAGAGGAAUUUAUGUGGGACGUGCAAUCGAGAUUUUCUGAAACUGAUGUAACCAAUAUCAACCCGAGGAAUGAACCUUGGGCACCAGAUGACUCAGAGUCUGAAAAUCCCCUUUUGAGAUCAAAUGAACUUCCAGACGCAGGGUCAAGGUUUGAGCUGGAUAAUUCAACCGGAUCAUUUUCAAGUGAGCAAAAAGAUCGAAAUGCAUAUGGGUGCGGGGUACCUUCUCCAAGGUCGUUGCAAGAUAGUCUUAUCCAGCAUAAUUCUGAAGAUUAUUCUUCCAUCGUUGGGCUGACCUCUACUGUUACGAGAAAAGGGAUUCAGCCUCGACCUGUUCCAGCUCCUGUUAGGGCCUCAGGUUCCGGAAUUUUGCCACACUCAGGAUCUGGAUCAGAUAGACAGUCACUAUUACACGAUUCAGAUUCAGUACAGACUUUGGCCAAGCAAGAUUUUAGGAGAACUACUUCCCUUCCUCAACGUGGUGAUCCUAGGGCUUUGAGGUUUCCAGUGAAGCAUCAAAGUAUCACCAGGGAUGAUCCUGUGCGAUCCCUAUCUUCAGGUAGUCAGUUUAGGAAUCAAGAUAGGCCUGAACUACCUGAUGCUCCAGGUGUUUCACCACAUCAUGUUACUUCAGAAGCUUCAAGCCAGUUGAACAUGAGCAAUCUACUGGCUGCGGUCAUGAAGAGCGGAAUUCUUUCUAAUAACUCUACUAGUGGUGCAUCAAAGGAGGAGGAGAAGCUGAAAUUGCAAUACCUCUCCACAGUCUCUAGGCCUAUGACGGUUGGUCCAUCAUUGCCAAACUCAGUGGCCAACGAGGAUCCAUCGGCUCGUUUAAAAGUUGGGAAGCCCUUGCCAUCGCCUGGUUCAUGUUCAUCGUCUCCUGCUAUUGCUACAGCAACUCAGACUUCGGAUGAGAAUAUAAAGGCCUCAAAUCCUAUAUCGAGCCUCUUGAGCUCCUUAGCUUCAAAGGGUUUGAUAUCAGCCUCGAAGACAGAGUUGCAAUCCCUCUCUCGGUGCCAGGUUCCUUCUGAAUCACGGGACCAUAGCCCAGAUCAUUCUACCAAUAGCUCUAUAUCUGCAACUGCUGUUCCAUCAGAUAUUAAGCCAGAGGCUUCGAUGAACAAGGGUCCAUCCGCAGGACCUAAAGCGAAAGGGCCUGCUUCACCAUCUGAAACAACAAGAUUGGAUUCGGAAGACCUCGUAGGACUGCAGUUUAGGCCAGACAAAAUCCGGGAAUUUCACCCCUCAGUGAUCAAUAGUCUCUUUGAUGGCCUUCUGCAUCACUGCACCUCAUGUGGCAUUCGCCUGAAACUCAAGGAACAGCUUGAAAGGCACGCAAAGGUGCAUGAUGAGAAGAACAUGAACAAAAAAUCACGAGUUUGGUAUCCAAAGGCUGAUGAUUGGGUGGCAGGAAAACCUGGGAAGCUGGAACCUGAUCUUGCAAAAGUUCAGAGAGAGCCUGAGGCAAUGGAGGAGGAUGGUCCAGCAGUCCCUGCUGAUGAGAAUCAAUGUGCAUGUAUUUUGUGCGGAGAGAUGUUUGAGGACUAUUUUAGUCAAGAAAUGGAUCAAUGGAUGUUCAAGGCGGCGGUUCACCUGACCAUUCCUUCAGCCAAUAUUGCGGCCAAGGGUCUCAUAGUGCAUGCCAAUUGCUUGACCGAUAAUUCAAUGCAGGAAUUGGCCAUUGUGAGUGCCAUAAAAGAGGAAAACGAUGUCUAGCCCAUUCGGAGGUGAAGAAUCUACACCAAAGGGCAUUUGCCAUUGGUGGUGUGACUGCAGAAGAUACAGGUUUGCCGUUCCUUUGAAUCCUCGUGAUCCCCAUGAUGCUAAUUUUGUAAAAAAAAGAAUGUCCCGAGCCUCGGUUUGGAAAGAUGUGCUGUGUUCCCUGUAAUUUUCAAUCUGAUAGAAAUACACAAAAGGGUAUUUUUUUUCCAAAACUCAGUCUCAUUUCCUAGCAUGUCUGAACUGAACCAUCUCGUGAACCAGCUUCUGCCGUAAUGAGUGUGAGGAAGUCAACUCCCUUUGAAAAUUUUCCGCCUUUAGAACUGAUGAUGUUUCCCAUGAAAGGAGGCUGUUUUGUUUUGCCAGCCUAAUGUUUGCUUGAAUCUUGGUUCUGUUUGCUCUAUGUUUCUUGUGGUAUUUGGCUGUUUCAUGUUUCACUUUCCUCUGUUCCAUAGCAUUUGUCACUUGGAAUGAAUUAUCCUUUUUGAUCCACAGUGUCUAUGUGGUGGUUUUAUUU